AUGUCUGUCAAGAGUGCCGUCAACCUUCUUCUUUAUUCCAUCGCCUUUGGUGGUGGCAUCAUGCACUCAUAUAUUGUCUCGCCAAUCGCUUUCAAACACUUGCAAAGGGAAGAGUUCAGCAACUUGCAAAACAAGGUGUUCCCCUUAUACUUCCUUGGGCAAACUGCUGCACCCAUCUUGAUUGGAUUGACUUCUCCUUUGUGCCCCAAAACCGUUGGUCCAGUGUUGUUGGCUUCUGCUGUUGCAGGAGCCUUGAACUACUUCUGGGUUUUACCAGUUUGCAAGAAGAUCAAGGAGGACAGAAACAAGUUGGUGGCUGACAAGAAACACGAGCAAAUCGUCGAUGGUGAGACCGUAAAUUCCGAGGAAUUCACCAAUUUGAGCAAGCAAUUUGGUAUGUACCACGGAAUUUCAUCCUUGCUCAAUUUGGUGAGCUUAGUCACCCUUGGAGCAUACGGCUUCUUGUUAUCUAAGCGUUUUUAA